UGGCUGUGGUUUCUCUUGCAGGAAGGCACCAAUUAAGGAUUCUAGCAGGACAGUGUAUGUUCCAGUUCAGAAUGGAUUGGCUUCAGCAAUUCUUCCUCCAUCCUGUGUCACUUUAUCAAGGGGCUGCUUUUCCUUUUGCACUGCUGUUUAAUUAUCUCUGCAUUAUGGAUUCAUUUUCCACUCGGGCCAGGUACCUCUUUCUCCUGGCUGGAGGAGGUGCCCUGGCCUUGGCUGCCAUGGGUUCAUUUGCCCUGCUUGUUUUUAUCCCUGCUUUCUGUACCGUGGUUUUGGUCUCUUCUCUUGGCCCACAGGAGGUCCACAGGCAAACUUUCUUCUUUCAGAUGAGCUGGCAGACCUUGUGUCACCUGGGUCUGCACUACACCGAGUAUUAUCUGCAAGAGACUCCUUCCACAAGGUUCUACAUCACUCUUUCUUCCCUCAUGCUCUUGACCCAGAGGGUCACAUCUCUCUCUCUGGACAUUUGUGAGGGGAAAGUGGAGGCUGCAGUAGGAGGCAUCCAGAGCAGGAGCUCUUUGUCUGAGCAUCUAUGUAAGGCUCUGCCCUAUUUCAGCUACUUGCUCUUUUUCCCUGCUCUUCUGGGAGGCCCUUUGUGUUCCUUCCAGAGAUUUCAGGCUCGUGUUCAAGGGCCCAGCUCUUUAUGUUCCAGGAUUUCUUUUUGGGCUCUGACUUGGAGGGGCCUGCAGAUUCUUGGACUGGAGUGCCUAAAGGUGGCCCUGAGCCGGGUGGUGAGUGAAGGAGCAGGACUGACAGGUUGCCAGCAACUUGAGUGCAUUUAUGUCAUGUGGUCCACAGCUGGUCUCUUCAAACUCACCUACUACUCUCACUGGAUCCUGGAUGACUCUCUCCUCCAUGCAGCGGGCUUUGGGUCUGGGCUCAGUUCAAGCCCUGGUGAGGAGGGAUAUAUCCCUGAUGCAGACAUUUGGACACUGGAAACAACCCAUAGGAUAUCUCUGUUCACAAGAAAGUGGAACCAAAGCACAGCUCGGUGGCUCAGACGGCUCAUAUUCCAGCACAGCAGGGGCUGGCCAUUGUUGCAGACCUUCGCAUUCUCCGCCUGGUGGCAUGGACUCCAUCCAGGACAGGUACUUGGUUUUUUUUGCUGGGCCGUGAUGGUAGAAGCUGACUACCUGAUUCACACCUUUGCCAAUUUAUUUAUCAGAUCAUGGCCUAUGAGACUUCUCUAUAGAGCCCUCACCUGGGUCCAUACCCAGCUCAUCAUUGCCUACAUAAUGCUCGCAGUGGAAGUCAGGAGCCUCUCCUCUGUCUGGUUGCUGUGUAAUUCUUACAACAGCUUCUUUCCAAUGGUGUACUGUAUUUUGCUCUUUCUAUUACUGAAGACAAAACAUAAAUUUAACUGAUAUCUUUCUCUGCCUUUCAUCCUACGCUCCCAUGAAACAGAGUUUAGAAGUUGCUACAUGAUGCAAUGAUGAUGUGUGUCUUUCAAUUUUUCAAUAAUAAAAGUUUUAAG